AUGGCUUUCGAGGACAUGGCGCCGACUCUUGAGGAAUUGGCUCUCACCACAGACGUCGAUGGAUACAGCUGCAUGCCGGGAGUGGAAACGAAUCUCGGUGAGGUCUUGACCACCGCGGCCCUGGAAAAGCCGGACGGCGUAUGCUUGGAGACGCAGGAUGGUUGUUAUACCUUCAUGCAGGUGGCCCAGAUGGCGGAUGCUAUCCGGAAAGUCCUGCGAAAAGCCUUGCUUGCCUUGGAUCUUCCGACGGAGUCAGACUCGGAGGCUCCUGACGCGCACAAGCGGCGAGCCGACGAGCACAUAGUCACCAUCGUCCUGCCACGGGGCGUUCAAAGCAUUGCUUCGGUUCAUGCCGUGAUGUUGGAGAAAUGCGCCUACAAUGCCUUCGACAUUGGUGAACCGGUCGAAAAGCUCCGAACCUGGAUCGAGGUCGCUCAACCUCCCGUGAUGAUUUCUUCCGAUGCCAGUUUGCGGCACUUGGGGAUUAUGGAUGUGGCAGCAGCGCUCGGCGAAUUCCCGAGAAUGGUCCUAGAUGUUGAUCUGGCACUCCAAAAGGCAGUUGGCAACUCCUUCCCCCAUCGUCCAUGCCACUCACCAAAAGAUCACGACAGGUUGGCUUAUCUCAUCUUCACCAGCGGCUCCACGGGCAAGCCGAAAGCAGUCAUGAUCCGGCACAAGUCGGCCCUGAAUGUCGUUCGCAUCUGGGGCAGGUAUGUGGGCCUGCACGACAGGGAUCGCUUUGCCCAGGUGGCCUCGAUGUCCUGGGAUGUCCAUGUCAUCGAGGUUUACGGGACCAUGGCCGCCAGAGCCACGAGCGUAACAUGCCCCGACAUGGUCAAGAAGGGUCCCGACAUGCAAGCGUGGUUGAAAGAGAGACACAUCACUGGCAUGAGUGUGGUGCCUUCCCACUUGCGCACCAUGGCUGGUGGAGGAGCCGACGUGUCUCGGAUGCUGCACGGGCUUCCGCACCUUCGAAUCCUCGAUGUCGGCGGCGAAGCCCUGGCUGCAGAUGUCGUGGAGACCUGGGCGCCAGGACGUCAGCUCUUCAACAGCUAUGGGCCCUCGGAGAUUUCUGUGGUCUGCACCGGUGGCUACGUGAAGACUGGCGAUGUGAUCACGAUCGGUGCACAGCUGCCAACCUAUCAAUGCUACAUUUUGGAUCCAAAGACACUGGAAGUGAAAGCCGAGGGCGAGCGUGGUGUCCUCUUUGUGGGAGGCAUUGGCUUAGCACGAGGCUACCUAGAGGAGGAGGAGAAGACAAAGCUCAAGUUCAUUGAACUGCCCGGCAUCGGCCGUGUCUACAACACGGGAGACCUGGCAUCGCGAGGAGCGGGCGGCUGCAUUCACUACCACGGGCGAGUGGACUGGCAGGUCAAAGUGCGUGGCAUCCGAAUCGAGUUGGAAGCCCUGGAGCAGGCCAUCACCGAGCUUCCCAAUGUGAAGCACUGCGAAGCUCGGGUCUUGGACGGCCAGCGCCUGGUUUUGCUGGCCUCGGGUGCCCCAGAGCUGUCGGAGGCAGAGCUGAAAGCGACCGCGGCUGCCCUGGGCCGUGGCUACGUUCUCAGCCAGGCGAAGAUCGUGGAGAACGAUGCCUGGAAGUUCAACACUUCCGGGAAGCUCUUGCGCAAUGCCGUGCCGCUGGACGAUGCGAGCGGAUGCGACGAAGGGCCGAAGAAAGAUGCUUGGGAUGCCUUUGUGAAAGAGGGCGCCUCGAAGCUUGAGCAAGAGAUUGCAGCCUGCUUGGCUCCGCAGCUGGGCCAGAAUCUGGACAGGUGGGAUUGCAACUCGCACUUCAUGGAGGACCUAGGGGUGGACUCUGGCGGCUUUGGACGCUUGAUUUCUCAGAUGCGCAUGCAGCCUUCGCUGCAGCAGGUAGACCUUCAGAUGCUCUUCGACCAUCCUACAGCACGAUCGCUGGCCUCCGCACUGGCCUUGUCUAGCAUGGACUCCGACUCGGAGGACGAAGAGGGCCAUGGCCUCCCUGAUUCCGGUGCCCUUUUACAGGGUGUCAUGUCUCAUCUCGAGGCAACGCCCCAUGCCGUCUGCGCAGAGGCUGGCUGCCGCAGCGUCACCUACCUUCAGCUCUUCAAGUUGGCCGCUUCUUACCAGCAGCUGCUGCAUCAGAGUUUGAAGUCGCAGGAGGGAGCGAGGGGUAGAUGCGUGUCCAUCUGCUUGGACGUGCCAGAGAGGAUGUCAGCCUUACUUGCUGUGCUCAGAGAGGGCUGCACAUUCUGCAUGAUGGACCCACGCAGCAGUGGCAGCACCAUCACGGAGCAGCUCCGCUUGACAAAGCCGGGCCUUCUACUGGCGACAAAAGCCGACCACGCAAUGUGGAUGCGGCUGCAGGGCCACUGCAGGCUGCUGGCUUCGGAAGUCGGCUGCACGGUGCUGGACGUAAGUUCCUCACCGGCACCUCUGAGGCAAAGACGGUCCCGACAUGGUUCCGGCGCUUGCUGCAUCGCUUUUGCAGGGAGCGACGGGCUGCGAGCAGAACCGACGUCAGAGGCAGCGCUGCUUCAGGCGGUCUUGGGAUGGCAACAGGAGCUCCAUUUGGACCACACUGGCAGGGUGCUCUCAUGCCUUCAAGCUGGCAGUGUGGGUGGCCUUGUGGCACUCCUUAGCUCGAUGCAUGCUGGGGCCACACUACUUAGCCCAAGCGAUGAGCUCUUGCAGAAGCUUUGCGUGACUCGUGCGAACGUCCUGGCCUGCGAGCCCGCAGACCUCGAGAUCCUCACGACCACCUGGUCUCAGGAGAACUGCCAUGCACGGCCGCAGCAGCUGUCGGCCGUUUGCGUGCAGGAGCUGACUGGGCAGUGGCCGUCCUUGAACUGGGCUCCUAGUCAUCUACGACUCUUGCACAUCGGCGUGGCCUGGGCCACGGCAUUGCCCAGAAUGGCUGCAAUCGACCUCCGGAAAAGCAUCUCGGCCAUCAGCGCAGCAUCGGCGAGAGGCUGGAAGCCUCUUGGGUCCUCGUUCUCUCCCGCGUCCUCCUUGGCUGGCUACAUCCUGGGUCACAGCGAGGAGCAAGAGAAGUCCUUCGGGCCGAACUCAUGGCCUGUGCUCUGUGCCGUGGUUCAGGGUGCUGCGAUUCUGGCCCAGCCUGUGGCUGUGGCAGUGCGUUUGGUCGCGGCUGAGCGGCUGCUGCUGCCCCUGGCCUUCUGCCUGCCAUUGUGGAUCUCCUUCCUUGUUUUGUUGGCCUUGCUGUUUGUGGAGCAGUUCGUGCGCGUCGGUGUCCUAGCCCUCUUGAAGUGGCUGCUCAUCGGCCGCUACAAAGAGGGUAAUCACGAUAUUUACAGCCUGAUGUACCUGCGCCACUGGCUCGUCGAACAUGUCGCCAAGGGCACGAUCGUAGGACAAAGUGCCCAUCAGGGCAGCAGCAUGGCCUUCUUGUUCAUGCGCAACCUGGCCCUCAAGGCUCUUGGUGCAGAUGUGUCCCUGUCCUCCGUGAUCACGGCCCGGGUGGUGGCGUUUGACUUGGUGAGUGUAGGGGACCUGGCAACCGUCCACGGGCCCAGGCACUUGACCGCGGUGAACUAUGGCACCCGGCGCAUGGUCUUGAGACGCGUGAAGGUUGGCGCAGGUGCAUACGUGGGCCCCAAUUGCACACUGGAGCCCGGCUGUGAGGUCGCGGCGGCCGGCUAUGUGGAGCCGCUGUCAACCGUACACAGCAAGGUUGUCGUCGAUGGCCGCGUCUGUGGCGUCCCAGCACAGCCUGUGGCUGGCGCCGAUGCAUCCCGGUUGCCGACGAAGGAAGAGGCCCGCUGCUUCCGCAACAAAGCAUCGGCCCUGGCAAUGGGCUACUGGUGUCUCUUGCUUCCCAAAGCCAUGAUGCCCUUCCUGGGCCUAAUCUUUUUGCAGCUGCUUUGUGGCUAUCCCUUCAACCCGCCUGAACGCAUUGAAGAACGCACGAUGCACAUUGAGCACACAGAUGUCCUACCACCGGAGCUCUUCAGCAUGUUCCAGUGGGUUCCGCUCAUUGCAUUUGGAGUCUCAAUGCUCAACACGAUCGGACAGCUCGCCGGCACAGCGCUGCUGUGCCGAUUGCUGCCAAAGGUGAAGCCUCCAUGCACCUACUCCUUGUUAAGCCUUCGGGCCCAGAUUGCGGCUCUCAAGAUGUCGAUGGUCCUUCAGGCCUCGGAAAUGCUGGCCGAUGCGUCGAUCGUGCCAGCCUUCAUUCGCCUCUGCGGGGCCACUUUCGGACACGGUUGUGCCAUGGGCCUCCAGGUCACGCUCCCGGAGACCUUGGUGGUCGGCAACCGUUGCUUCUUUGCCACCGGCAACAUCCUGACCAGCGUCGACGUGGACCGCGGAGAGUUCAAGGUGCCCUGCGUCACUUAUAUGAGUGAUCACACCUUCCUUGGCAACCACAACCACCUGCCGCAAGGCCUUCCAGAAGGCAGCUUCUGCGGUGUGGGCACCUGGCUGCCUGAAAGACCCACCGAGCCGCACUACAGCUACUUCGGGAAUCCGGCGAUGAAGUUCAAGCGCCUGAGCAGCCAAGCUGCCGGCAAGACAAACCAAGGCCCAGAACCCGCAAGUUGCCUGGCGCGCUUCUGGCACCACUUUAGCACCAGCGUCCUGGACGUCUUCCUUUACCGAGGGGUUCAAGGAAUGGUGACCGGCGCUGCCUUCGUGGUGAGCCGGACCAGCGUGCCUGAAAUCACCUCCGUUUGGCAGGUCUUCGAGGUCCUGGCCAUCUACUUGUUCUUCUCGUUGGGCUCCUGGUUCAUCUUCUCUGUCAAGCUGGGGAACAUGCUCUUCAACGGCAGGGCACCGCGCAGUAACGCGUACUACUCUACCACUGUGACGCGCUGGUUCACUGCCCUCACGGCCCAGCAGCGAGUCUUCAAGCUUCCCUUUCAGACGGCUGGCAGCCGCUGGCAAGCCCCGAUCCUGCGGCUGCUGGGUGCAAAGAUUGGCCAGCGGUUCUUCUGCAUGAACGAGCUCGUCCUGGUUGAUGCACCCUUCACAGAAAUCGGAGACGAUGUGACCGUGGACUACGAUGGACAGGUGAGGUGUCAUUCAUUCGAGGACUUCCGCCUGAAGUUCACUCACUACAAGAUUGGAAAUGGGGUGACCAUCAUGACCGGAGCCAGUGUGGCUUGGAGUAACUUACUUCCGUCCUUGCAGGACCUGUCAGCGUAUUCAUGCUGCCGAACAUAA